CCUUAGGGUCGAAAGUAUGGUAAGAAAACGCGGAGGAAUCAGGUCAUCGGCAUCCCAUAACAUGGAGAGCAUCUGCCCCCGUCAUUCCCCCGUCCUUCCCCCCGUUCUCCCAAUACCCUUCGUUUUCGCUCUCCGUGCUGAUCGUACAUAAACGUCUCUCUAAAAUAUGGCGGAAGUUACUUCUGACGUCACCCAAAUUGCCGCGGAUGAUUUCGGCGAUGUCGACUCGACUCUCCAGUUGUCUCUCGCGACAUCUCUAACCUCGCUGCGGUCAUCGGUCCAAGCGUACCAUGAAGAAAAUGGGAGGACGUACCAUGCACUCAGCGCUGGAAAAUAUUUGUUUCCAAAUGACGACAGUGAGCUUGAUCGUUUAGACAUACAGCACUCCCUGUUUCGCCUUACACUCGACGAUAGAUUGUGCUUGAGUCCCAAGAAUGAUGGGGCGAAGAGGGUCCUAGACGUUGGCACGGGGACUGGCAUCUGGGCCAUUGAUUACGCGGACAACCAUCCGGAGGCGAAGGUCAUCGGCAUUGAUCUAAGCCCAGUCCAGUCAUCCUUUCUUCCCCCGAACUGCUCUUUUGAGAUCGACGACAUUGAGAAAGAGUGGACAUGGAAUGAACCUUUCGACUUCAUCUUCUCCCGGACGUUGGCCGGCAGCUUUUCAGAUACGCAGGCAUUCAUCCAGAAGGCCUACGACAACCUCGAGCCAGGCGGCUACCUCGAGAUGGAAGACAUCGCGCUGCCCGUGACAAGCGACGACGGCACGCUGGCCGAGGACUCGUUCCUCGCGCGCAUGUCACACAUGACGACCGAGGCGGCCGAGAAGCUGGGGCGGCGCAUCGACCUCUCGCCGACGUACAAGGGCAUGUUCGAGGCGGCGGGCUUCGUCGACGUCGUCAUCAAGCGCUUCAAGUGGCCCAGCAACAUGUGGCCGCGCGACAAGAAGUUCAAGGAGAUGGGCCGCUGGAACUUUGCCAACAUCGACCCAGGCCUCGAGGGUCUGACUCUCGCCCUGUUCACAAGGGGGCUGGGCAUCAGCAGGGAGGAGACCCUGGCGUUCUGCGAGGGGGCGAGGAGGGAGAUCCGGGAUGUCAAGAUUCAUGCUUAUUGGCCCAUCAUUGUUUGCUACGGCAGGAAGCCCGGGAAUAACAAGGCUCCCGAGUGAGGAAUUGUAGUACGCUGGGUUGAAAGGGUAUUCCUUGUUGUUAGACGUGGAUCAGGACCGAUUCCCCCGUUUUUCAUCCCACAAGCGCGGAAUUCAUCUCAUUGAUAUCUCUAGGUUAACCUUCGUUAAUUUUAGUGUUUUGCGUAAUGCUUCCUAGGCGAAAGUGAAUUUCUCUAGAAGAGAGGGAGGGCGCCGCCGCUCAUGUGCCUCCUGUCCAACAACCUCAUUCCAGGCUCGACUCUGAAAGAGUGAUGCCAAUUCGACGAUAUAGACCGAUUCUGAUCAAAUAAGACUCAGAACUGCCUAUCAUGGCAGAGAAGAAGGGCC